GGAUGAAAAUAGACAGAGGUGCUGGAAAAGAGAUUGAGAGAGUAUUAGUUUGGUGUGAAAAGUGACGGGAAUGUAUGAUUUGAUGACAAGACGAUGGAUAGCCACUAAUUAUUUUAAGUAUCCUGGUUAUCAAUUUAAGCUGAAAUAGUUCUUGACUAUUCAUUUAUAUGACUGCGUUCAGAAGGGACUGGAAAUGGAAAAGAAGGACAGAGAUAAAAUCUUAUCAAAUAUGACUACAUUGGUGAAGCGUACACAUAACUUUGAUGCUGUGUUUGGGGCACUCAGAGAAGAGAGGGGAAUGUUCAAUGACUUUAUGGUGAAUGAGAUUCUUUCCGUGGAAGAGAGCAACAGGACGGAGUAUCUGUAUCGUUACGUGACAACCCGGGGUCCUCGUGCUUUCCGCCAUUUAUUGAACGCCUUCAAUAAGACCGACCAUAACGAGUUGGCAAGCCUGUUGAGCAGUGGUGACAACUCCACCCGAGUUUUUAUAAAUGGAAGCGCAUCCAAUGAACUCUCAUUAGAAGAGGAGUAUCCUUAUGGCGCCAAUUACUGGGAGGUGAAGAAGAACAAUGUCACUCGGAAAGACUGGGACUUAAAGAAAGUGUACAGAAUGGGCUCCAAACCCAAAGGAUUGGCUUUGAUCAUCAACAUCCGAGAUUAUGUGAAUAAAAUAAAAGAUCUCCGUGAGGGAUCGGAAGAAGACGUUCGCAGACUAAAAAGUACCCUGGAACAGCUGGACUACAAAGUCACUAUCUGUGAAGAUCCUACAAAAGUGGAAAUCCUGGAUGCAGUGACAAUGUUUGCGAAGAAUGAUGAGCACCGACAGUGUGACUCGUGUAUUAUGUUUGUGAUGAGUCAUGGGGUUGACACCAAAUACACACAGCUGACUCACACAGUAAACAUCGCAGCUUAUGAUGGCCAGUAUGUCAACUCACAGGAUAUCAUCUCCCCUCUGAUGCCCAAGAGGUGUAAAGCACUUGUUGGCAAACCAAAGUUGAUAUUCUUUCAGUGUUGCAGGGGUGAUGAACCAUCGUACAAUGUGGCUAAAGAGCAGGAGGAAGCCCCUGAUCGGAACGAUUCUCUCAGCCAUCAUGACAACUAUACAACACAUACUGAUGGAGAGAUGAAAAAACCUCCCAUUGCUGAGCAUGUCAAGGUUAUUUCUGAUUUGUUGAUCGGCUAUUCCACUUCUCCAGGUUUCGUGUCCAGAAGAGAUCCAAUCUUCGGCAGUUACUACAUCCAGACUCUCUGUCAGGUCCUGUGCAGACAUGCCCAGGACUGGGACAUCAGUGAAAUCUUGACGAUGGUGGACAGUGAGAUUAGUGAAACAACUCGCAAGCUGUCUGUAAACCAAACUCCAACCACAUCCAAUUGUUUAAAAAAAAAAUUCUAUUUCCAACCAGGAAUUUACCAUAGUUAAUUUUAACAGUAGACACAGAUUUAAGUGGAGCUAGUCUUGUAACAUUCUGUUCUGUUAUGUUAUCACUGGUAUAUCAUAGUACGUUAUUAUAAACAGGUUGGAUCAAAAAUAUUACAGGGCUGUGCGAAUAGUUUGGAAAACAAAUCCAAAUCUUGAGGAAUAAUAUAUGCAACCAGAUAGUCAAAUUGAGAGUAACAAAAUAUCUCGUCACUUUUAAAACAUCACAAGGCUUUUAGAUUCCUACUCAUCCAGUCAGUCAAUCAACUGAGAAUCAGAUGGGAUAUCAGCAAAAUACCUGUAUUUGAGUUUGAUCAGUAAUCUGUUUUGAUUUGAUUAUUUUUCAAAUAGAAGAUGCCACUUGAACUUACGUUUGAACAUCUGACGGAUGGGAAUGUUGAGUUAAGCUCCAGUUCACCUUCCUCCUACGUGCAGCAUCUGAAAUCUGAUACUGUUGCAGACUUGACUUCUCAUGUUUGUCUGAAGGGGUCCAAAAACAGUCGGCGAUGAAGAAGCUCAAAACAAAACUCCCUGCAUCGUUUCAGCAUCAGAACAUUACUUCAGUUUUCAGAAGUCAAGUCUGCAACAGUAUCAGAUUUCAGAUGCUGCACGUAGGAGCAAGGUGAACUGGAGCUAAACUCGACAUUCGCAUUGAAUCAACUCUUUCCACUGUAGCUGCGUUAUCUGACAGAACUCUUGUAACCACAACACCUCAUUCAUGUUUGUGAAACCGAGAAAAUACAAGAUUUGUUAGAAAAGUAUCCGACUUUCCACUGCUGGUCAAUUAUUAAGCAACUCUUCUGAGACCACUACCCAGUCUUGUAUUCUUGUUUUCAUUAUGACUGAAUAUCUUGUAAAUAGCUUGAAGUUUUGCCAGAAACUUGGCUAUUCUGCUGUAGAGACAGUCUCUGUGAUACCCAAAGCUUUUUGUGAUGAGGUUAUGAGUGACACUCAGAUAAAAGAGUGGUUUGGGCAAUUCAAAGAUGGUCACAUUUAAAUGGAGAGUGACCGACCGCCUGCACAGCCAGACGUCUUGCAAAUCGAAAACCAUUGAUUGAUUGCAGGGAGUCUUGGCGUAUCGAAAUAUUCAGUUUGUGAAAUUUUACUUGAAGAUUUGAAAAUGAGCCAUGUGUCUGGAUUUCUGGUUGUUGCUGGCCUGUCAGCUUGUGGGUCACCCUCAAUUGAAACGUGCCUAUCUUGAAUUGCCCUUGAAACCACUAUUUUACCUUAGUAUCACCCAUAAUGUCCCUCAAUUGACUGAGUAGAAUGCAUUUAUUUGUUAGAGGUAGUGUAUAUAUCUAUCCAAAAUUAUCCUUCUAGACUCAAACAUAUAUUCCUUCUAGACUAUAAACAAAUGGUUUUGUUGGAUAGAAAUGAAAUGUUGCUAAAAAAUAUUUGAAUUCUUAUUUAUAAUUAUUUGUUAUCUUAUAAUUUCAAAAUGGAUCUUAAAGUCCGGGUGGGCCUAAUUUAUUGUAGGCAUUGAUUAAAAAUUAGAGUUUUCUCUUUUAAAUAAAAUAAUGUUUUAAACUCAAUUUUUAAAUCAAAUACUAAACACUAAUAAUUUGGUGUCAAUAAGGAUCCACCUAAAACGUAAUCUUCAAGUUCAGUUUAAAAAUUGAAAAAAUGUAAUAUUGGCUGUAAGAGUUUUUCUAUUUCCACGAUUCAUUCAGGUAUUCCGUUCGUGAUCGUAGCAUCGUGUUCUUCUUUACGCAUCUGAUGAGAGAUAGUAAUCUUGAAGCGCUUAUAAUAAAUGCGAACUGGCGACUGGAAGGAAUAACAGCUGCUAAACACUCAAAUUUGCAUGUUUUUUCAACGGACCGAGAAAAAUGACGAUUUGGAUUCACACAAGGACAUGAGUGUGAUUUGCUGUCAGGUUGUGCCCGACGCACAAUUUUCUUGUACAUGUAGCCUGUGCUCUUGGGAAGUGUGAACUUCCUGUCUGGUUGUGAUCAAACAGUUUCUGCUCACACUGUAAGCUGAAUUCAGAGCGUUGUACUCUCUGUGGUUUUCUGUAUGGUGCAUAUUUCCUUCUCUUCACUCAAAGAUACCACCUGUCACUGUGUUAAAGUGGAUUCAGAUGAAGAUUGAGAGCUUGUUCUCUCUCUUUGAGUACAAUACUAGCUAGUCUAAGAGAAAACUAUUAUUGUAGAAUUUUCAAUAAUAAUAAAGUUCAUAGUAAUAUUUUUUAAAUUCAAUCGAAAAAAAGUAUUUAGACUGGCUUGAGGUUGCUUUUAGAUUUGGAUUUUACUCAAAUUUCAGUUUAUCAUUAAAUCUAAGGAUUCACACAGCUCUGGUUUUUUUUACUUGUGUUUGAAAUAUUAUGUAUUACCGUUAUUGUGACUGUAAGAAACAUCAGUUUUUUAUUAUUAUUAAUCCAUUGGCGACUUAUCAUGGGAAGGUUCUCUUAUAGCUGGGAUGGUACAAUUAUGAGUAUUACGAUAUAUAUUUCAACCUAUAAAGUUUAGGUUAUUCGAGUAUAAAACCAAAUUAUAGUAAAACUCUGGUUAACCGAAAUAAAGAGUUGCAGCUAUUUCAAAUAAUGUACUUUGGUUUUUUAAAAUCUCAUCAUGUACAAUAAACAGUCUUAACAAGUUCAAGGAGGUCAAGUGAAAAAAUAAUAAGGCUCCAAUGGGUUAAUUAUGUAGAAAUUGGUACAUUAAUUAACAGAUUGUGUAGAAGAGCAAAGGUCGUCUAUAAGUGUUAUUAUUUUUGUCAUUAAUAUUAAUGUAGAGAUUAAUAUUUUUUUAGAUUGAAAUCAAUUUGGGAGCUUUAUUGGUUUCAUUCCUUUUUUUUUUUUUAUUUAAUCAACAUUUUGUAUGAUACCUAAAACUAUGAUAUUGCAUAAUUUUCUUGUGAGUAAUCAUAUUUUGAAACCAUAUUAAUGCUUGUUUUAAAUUAUUCCAAGAUACUUUUACAGGCUGUAUAAAGUACCUGAUCUCAAUCCGUAGAUGAAAAAGUGUUGACAAUGGUGCACUAUUUUAAUUAUUUUAUAGUAAUAUUUUAAUUAAAUUAAAUUAUACAUGCUCUUCAGGAAUUACAAAAGAAUUCUUUUAAUUUGUUUAAUGUGAGAUUUAUUUAUAAUUUAACCCUUAAACUGGCAGUCAUUUUGGAGUGGUUUGUACAAACCCGUACUUUAAAUUUUUAUAAAAAAUACAUUUUUACUACAAAACUAUAUGGAAUACUUUUUAUAGGUGGAAUACUUUUUUUCCAGUAAAAAGUGGAGAUAAUUAUGGUAUAAAAAGAUUACGCAAUAUAAUGGUAUUCAGGUUUACUUAAAGAAAAAUUAUAUACCGGUAUAUUGUAAAAACCACAAAUAAUACACGAAAGGCUAAAUUUGUGUUACUAUGAGUACGAUUAUUUUCGGAAAUUUACAAAAAUGUAAUUCUUACUCUUAAUGUUUCCAAAAUAUACCAAAAUUUAUAGAAUUAUAUACACUACAAAACAAUAAAUUAAUUUAUAACCAAAUUCUAAAUUUUUUAUUUUUGAACAGUGGUGGGACCGAAGUUUGUUACUAUGGCUAUGAUUUUCAAAAAUUAACAAAAAAAUAUAAUUUUUACACUAAAUAUUUCCAAAAUGUACUAAAAUUUUGCAUAGUAUAGCCUUAAACAAAGCUAAAACAAGCUAUAAACCAACAUAAUAACCUAUGAUACAUCAUUAAUUUUCAAAAUGGCUAGAUGAGGAUGAUCUUUCUGGCAAGUAUUAAGUGGUGGUAGUGUUGAUUUAUGUACUAUAUGAACCAUUAAAACACGUGCAUAUCAGAUUGACAUUAUGAUGUUGAUUGCCACCCAUAAAUUGAUUCAGAUCGACAUUAUAAUGUUGAUUGCCAGUUCUAGGGCUAAAAGGAUAAAUAAAUAAAAGCGUAUACUUCCAGGAGCCUAGAGUCCGUUUGCACUGUAAAAAGUGUAUUGAUCAUCUACGCUAGUUUUGGUGACGGUCGAAAUAUGAGGGUAUCAAAUGGGUUAAAAUAUAAAACCAUACUUUUUCUCAGGUAAUAUUUUUCCUAGCUCAACAUAUUUAAAACCAACCAUAAGACACGUAAAUUAAUUUUGAUUCAGUGUCAGUUAACCAUAUACAGACUCUGAAAGUGACAAUUUUGAUUAUCUUUUUACUUUGUUGUCUGAUGGUGAUUUGACUAUUAUUUUUGCACCAAAAGGUCAAUUUUAAGUGUGUUAAGCUAGAAAGAAUAUGAUUUGAAAAAAGUUAUUGUUUUAUUUUUGACCUUUUCUCCCAUUUUGACCAACCACCAAAACCAGCGUAUAUGAUCAAUUUUUUUUAUGUAAUUUUUUUCUAUUGCUUUCAAGUUGAAACAGAUUGUGUGAUGAUAAAAUGUAAGUUGGCCCUCCUCGGUUUUUAGACUAUAAUGGUUUAUCACUAAUUUCCUUUUUCAUUAAACUCAUGCUCAUGGAAAGAAAUCCAGUUUGUUUUUUGUUAUUAAUACAAAGUAGUGAAAACCUCUGUGAAUUAAUCCAGGAUAUAUUAUGCUUACUGUCCAGGUUACCAACAUACUGGACGUGCGCAGCCCAGACGUAACCAGUCAAUUUGACACUCAAGGUUUUAAACGCUUCUACUUUCAACCCAGCAUAUUUGCUUAGGUGGUAAUACACCCUCAAGUUUUCAUAUGGACUCAAAUUCAUUAUUCAUGGAUUUUUUGUAGGCCUUUGUAUCAGCUGUAGGUGUUGAGGCUGUAACUGAGUUGACAAAAGUUACAAUUUACAACCCUUUGAUGUGUUUUUACAAAAAUUAAUCUUUGGGAGAAAAAUUUUUGUUGAUUUUAUAGAAAAUUGUAUUCAGUAAAUUAAACAAGCCAGUUCAGUUACUAUGAAAAUGUAUCAUGGUAAUAGGAUAAAUAUCAUAUACAUUAUCACUCAUGUGUUAUCAGCAUCAAUCUCUUCCCAACUACUUCUAUCUUCUCUUUUCAAGUACCAUCAACUUUCAUGUUUCUCUGCCUUUAUCACUAAACUUUAAUUUUAUAUAGUUGAGCAAUAAAUUAUAGAUCAUUUCAGCUGCGUAAUAACUCCUUUGCUUAAACCUUGUCAAACUUUAUUAACAUUGGUUCUUCCAUAGUCCUUGUGACUUCUAUCGUUAUUCUGUCUCUUCUAGUCAAUUCAGCACUGCUCCUCAGUAACCUCACCUACUGCCUCUCAAUCUUUACUAACGUUGACUCUGCUAUGACUUAUUUAGUGACUUCUAUCCUUAUUCUGUCUCUUCUAGUCAAUUCAGCACGGCUCCUCAGUAACCUCACCUACUGCCUCUCAAUCUUUACUAACAUUGACUCUUCUGUUCUAACAUUGACCCUUGUGAUUUCUAUUCUUAUUCUUUCUCUUUUAGUCAAUCUUACUCCUCAGAUAGGGUGAUGGUGUCCUUUUUGUUCAUCUAAAAUGUUUCUCGAUUCCCAAUUUCGAUAUAAUGCAGAGUACAAAGUAUUGGUUACAAAAAGGUUUGUCUGAUUCUUAUCAAGUAUCAGUCUCGAGUCUCCUUGUGUAAGUAUUACUACUUACAUGGUAACAAUGUUACCGCUUGCAUGUGCUCGCUCCACCAUGUACAUUCAUGUUCAUCUCAGAACAUGUCCUGUAACUCCUCACCAUCAAGGUGGGUGAGGUCCAAGUAAUUUACUAUUUUCAUACAUAUAGACUACUCAUCUCUAUUAAUAUCUUUUCGUUUGUCCUUAACUACAUAAUCCCACCGAGUGAGUAGGUUAAUAUUUUCUGAAGGACAAAUAUCAUAAUUUUAUUAGCCACAAAUGAAUUUCCAACACGGGUGAUUUGUCUUUUUACAGAACCAUGCUAUGGUAUUGCCAAGCUUUUAAGUAAAUUUCAGCCUUAUAAUGUUAAGCAAUACGCUCCAGCAUACUCAUACUCAAAAUUUUCCCAUCUCCUUUGAGUGCUCAUACAGAUUCACCUCUGUAACAGUACAGAGUUGAGAUGAACUUCAAAUAAUUCGUUUGUAUAAAAAUUUUAAAUGUGUGAAAAACUGUAUUUUAUACAGUAAGAUGAAUUAAUUAAAUUAUCAAAACUUAUUAUUUGUAUUACACAUGUGUACUGUAUGACGAAUAGUGAAGUCAUCUUAUGGUUUAAUCUUGCAGUGUGCAGUUGAUGUUCAAAAAAAUCACAAAUUUAAUUUGUGGCAAAGUCUGCUCAAAACCAUAACAUACAAACCACUCUUCUGUACUGUUUUUCUCUGUCUUUUACAGUAUUGUUACUUAUCCCUUACAGUAAGGCUGCUUCAGGGGUGUGUGUUAGUGCAUUGUUACCAAUCGCACACCGAGAAAACGUUGACUGCACGGCGCAGUGGCACCGUGAUAUUGUAUAGUUACUCUCAGUAUAGAGCCACAGUAAAUGUGUCAAUGUUGGUUAUCUUUACGAUCAACUGAAAUUAAAGAUCUCUCAUCAAAUUAAUGAGAAAAAUUACCACUGUUGGAAACACAUUACUGCAAAAUAUGCUUCUACUUCUUCUGUGGGGCAGCCUUAAGUUUCAAGGGCUUUUUGCACACCCCAGAAGCAUACCAUGAGGCAUACCAGUCUAUAAUUUCAGCAGUUCCUUAAACUGCCGAAAACAACCUAUCAGGUCCUUCUGUGGAAAUUCACCAUCCUUGGCCAAACUACCAAAGAUGGCGUACCGUUCCCUUGCUAUUGCAGGACAAUGAAAGAGCAAGUGUUCAGCAGUUUUCCUCCUGCUCAUCACAAAUUUUACAAAGCGGAUCCUCCCGAAGGAUGCAGACUCUGUGAAAAUGCUUCCUCAGGUGACCAUGUCCCGUAAUCCGACCCAUAACCCUAAAAGUCAUCAAUCUACUUAGUGAGGGAAGGUCAGACACCACACUAGGGGAAGGCAAUUGUAGUACCAUUCUGCUCAUUCUCAUACCCGGACACAACCUCCACCUUCUCUCAUGUUCAGUGUGAACCCAUCUCGAGACAGCCCCAAAGUAUUCAAAAUAUUCAAUUCGAAUUGUCUGUAAAAUUAUAAAAAAUAGUUGGAAUUCAGUACUAGAGAUUAAACUCAGUUACAGCUAAAACAAAAGUGAGCAAAUUCCUGAAAUUUUUAAUAGUAUCUUGAAGAGCUAAGUAUAAUUUAAUAGUAAGAAAACAUUUUGUAAUAUUCUAUUCAUAGACAUUCUCUCAUUCACAUAAUGUUGAAAACCAGAUUUCUGAGUGCUUCCUAUAAAACAAGUGCAAUAUUUGUCAAUUAGAAACAAAUUAACACCUGUUGUCAUGUACCUGAGAAUAGUGUGCCUCUUUUCUAUGUGUCAAAAUUAAGUCUCUCAUUACUUCUUCCGCUUAUUGUAGAUCAAAAUAUGUUUGCAUGAAAUUUUAUAGCAGGGUUUUUAAAAGACAAUGUUGUUACUGUGAUCAUAAUAAAAGAACAAUAUUAGAAAUAAGUAGCAAGUAAAAAUUUUGGUUUGUAAAAGACUGUAUAAAAGAUCUGAUGAUUUGUUGGUGUGAAACAUCUCAGUUUAUCAAAGUUGUUUACAAUGCUUCAUUUUUCAAUAAUGCUUGAAUUGUAAACAGAAUUGGAAUAUAUCACUACGAUAUAUUUGUUAAACAUUUUAGUAAUAUUUAUAAUCUUGUCUAGUGUAUAACUUAUGAUAUUAUUAAAGUUUUCUAACUUUUUCUAUGAGGAAAUGUAAGCAUGUGCAUACUUAUAGAAGAAGUCAGAUGAACGCUAUAAACAAUUGUAUAUCUCUAAGCUAGUGUUUAAUUAUUGAUGACUAUUGUUAGUGAUUUGGCUGUAUUUUGUGGCGUUGAGGAAUUGGUUUGGUUCUUGUGAAAUCCAGCAUGUCAUAAACACCUCCAGAGAAUAAUAUCAUUUUUCAAAUCAAUAUGUCAUAGUUUUUACCUAAAGAAUAUGCGAAUGUUGAGUAAGCUCCAUUUCACAUUCCGUGCUGUUUUGUUCUCUAAGGAGAAGAAGCUUAGAAAUUGCACCUAGCUCUAAAAGAACCUUUCCAGAGUGACAUGAUUUUCUGGAUGGGUAAAAUUGAGGGUAAGGGCCACCUUCUGUUGAGAUCCAUGAGGAAGUAUUUAGGACAUCUCAUUCAUAUCCCUUCGGUAGGAGGGGAAACCAGCUCUGAACCAGCCUCUCCAAUCAAAUCAGACAGAGGGUGGCACGCCCUUAUUUCCAGGCUUGCAAGAACCUUUGACUCCUAGUGAACUCCACCAACUCCCAACAGUUAUCUCCCGACUAGACCCUUGCCCUUGCACCUCAGAAUCUCAAUAUUUGCGGUUAGUGAUAUGCCACUCCUGGACAUCCAUAAGGUUGCCCAAAUUUUAGUGACACAUUGGUUUUUGCUGUACCCAGUGUUAGUUCAGCUGGAAGGUAUAAACCAGCCAGAAGUGGACCCUCCUGAGGGUUCAACUUCCGUUUAGUGCAGCGUCUGAAAUCUGACUCUGGUACAAACUGAAUCCAAAUAACUUCCAGGCCCUAGUGGUUUUGAUUCAGUACUCACAGUUUGUAAUGUAUCAAAUGCCUAAAAUUGGAAAAUACCUAUUUAGCACUACUCGUAGUCUAACCAUGGAAGCGAACUCCAGAGUUCCUAUUAGAAGGUUAGUAGUGAUGUUGGAUGAGAGAUAAUAUAAAAUAUGAUUAGACGAUUUUUUAAACCUUUUUUCAUUCAACUAACUGAAAAUUUCCUUGAAACUUUGUGGAUGUAUCAGAAUUUAAGUUUCUACCUUGAAUUUAAAUACUACAUUCCAACUUCAAAGUAUCUGGGUAAUUCACUAUUUCUGCCAAUUCCCAACCCACCACAAUGUGCCUUAGAAUACUCUAGUAAUAUGUUCAUUGUAAGUCAAUGGGUUGACACUCAAUCAGCAAUUAUAUUCUAUUUGUAAUAGGUAUAUUAUCACUUCUAUUUUAGUAGUUAAGAUUGUAUCUAUUUAUAGUUUUAGUUAUAGUAUAUUUAUGUUCGUUUUUGUUUUAAAUUAUUUAUUAGCAAUAAUUUAUUGGCGAGUGAUCAGUUUUAGUGAGAAUUAAUCGAAUGUUAGUGAUUAUUUUAUCUUUUUAUAAAACUGUUACAGUUUUGUAUUAUUUUCAAUGAUGCUCAUUUUCUAUGUUUUGUAAUAUCAAAAGCGUGGUUCUAUGCUCAAAAUUUCAAGGUGCUUAUGUGAUCUCUUUUAUAUCA